ACCAAUUCUUCAUCACUCGAUCCCUGUUAUACACAUGGUCUAUAAUCAAAGUUAGGUUUUUUUUUUUUUUUUUUUUAAGAGAAAGUAUUUUUGUUUAUUUUUUUUUUUUUUUUUUUUUCUUUUUAAGAUUUGGCUGACUGAUGACGCGUAGAGCCGGCUCCUCGACGCACUGCACCAAAAAUUUUCACAAUUCUACGAUCUUUCCCCUCGCUCCUUAGCUUGGAUACCUAACCGCGUUAUUUCUUUAUUAACGGUGUAUCGACGAUGCUGGCUAAUUUAAAUUUUUUUUUAGUGGAUAAUCGACUGACAGUGGCACAACGAUGAUCAGAAGUGGCUGAGAAAGGAAAGCAAACGAAUAGAGAGACAUAUAGGCUGUUUCAGAGUUGCUAGACAUAUAAUAGAUAUCCGAUAGUUUCUAGAUAUGACUAUAAGAGGCCCGUAACUACGAAACAGCCAGUAAUAUAUGCACACAUACAAGAAAAAUGUUGCGACGUGUAAAAGAAUGAGCCAACGAACGAGGGGAUGCAAUGUGAGGUGCAAUGCGGACAAAGUGAGCGAUAAAUGCGGCUUUCUUGAUGAAGAACGAUCGGAGAUGCAAGAUCUCCGUUACCUGUACAGGAAGGACAAUUUUUCAAGUAAAGCUCAAGAAAAAUCCGCAACUACUUCUCUAUGUAUAUCCUACAACAAAUGGCUCAGUAAAAGCUUCAACAAAGCGCGAAUGCAGAAGAUUAAUAUUAAAAGAUGUGAGAAUAGAACCCCAUAUUAUUAUGCAUAUGCAUAUUUCAUUACUUCAUUUUCCAUAAUUGUAACACGUGCUUGUAUAACGGACAACCACACAGAAGCAUCCCAUUAUACAUAUAUGUAUAUAUCCUAUUACAUUGAUAACCAUUUCUUUUAUUUAAUUUAUGUUUAUGUUAUGUUUUUUUCAAUGUUUCUUCUCUUCUAUUUUGCCUUUUCAUUAUAUUGUUAUAGUGCGCUCAACGCGAGAGCAGCGAAAAUUGCUAAAUCCCAAUUCGCAAGGUAUUUUCGUAUCCUAACCUCAUCUUGCGAAUUGGGAGAUGGCCUAAGUGGACAGAGAGAAAUAAAUGCAGAGAAUGAAAAAAAUCGAAUUUGAAAAGAAGAAAGUUCGGCUCCGUGCGUGCGAUGAAUAAAAAUGGGGAUCGAGAAAGAACAAGG